AAAAAAUGGAACCCACCAGCAGAGUGAGAGAACCUGAAAGUGGCACAAUGGCAGAGUGUGGCGAUGGAGACAGUAACAGCAAUGGGAGGCCGUACAGGGACCCAUGAACACACUCUGGACCUGGCAGCAGCAUGAGGAGGCGGUACGGGGGCCCAUGGCAGAUUACGGGCCUGGCAGCAGCAAUGGGAGGCCCGUAAUCUGCCAGCACCCUAUGACAAAAUGGAACCCACCAGCAGUGUGGAGGAGACCUGAAAGUGGCACAUGGCAGAGUGUGGCGGAUGGAGACAGCAGCAAUGGGAGGCCGUACAGGGACCCAUGACACACUCUGGACCUGGCAGCAGCGAUGA